GAGGAGCUGUGGGCACAGGAACAGGGUUUGGGCCGGCACCAGCCACACGGCUUGUGCCACCACGUCUCUGCCAUCUCGCUCUUCUCCACUCGAGGACCAUGGGGCUCUGCAGUGUGACCGUCUUGCUGGGCAUGGCCCUCUUCCUGCUGGCACCUGGCAGCACCCAGGCUCUGAGCAGCUCCUGGUGGAAGGACCUGGCCACAGAGCAGGAUUUGGCUGAGGAAAGCAUCCUGGGCGUAGGAGCACCAGAGGAGGGUGAACCAGGUAUAAAGGUUUUCUCCAGCAGUGCCUGGGCUCAGAGGGGCUCACCCCAACUCCAGACAAGACCAGAAGAGGACGGUGACCACCUGUACCACGCCCAAGAUGAUGCCAGUGACCGUGUGCCAUUCUGGAUGCCGGCCCCAAAGGUGCAGAAUGGCCCGGAGGAGGAUCGUGACCACCUGUACCACCCCCAGGAUGAUGCCAGGGAGGCCGAUGCCAGGGAGGCCAAUGCCCGUGUGCCGUUCUGGAUGCCGGCCCCAGAGGUGCAGAAUGGCCCAGAGGAGGAUCUUGACUACAUCCACCACGGCUGAGUGGAGAUGUGCCCAGGCUGUGAAAUGAGGGGUGGGAGCCACCCCUGGGGUUUCCUGGGGAAAUUUGUCCCUUCCUACUGAGCCUCGAGCCUCACCAAUAAA